AUGAGCUCCUCCUCCGGGCCAGCGCAACCACCCCCCUUCCCGACCAAGUUGUUCCAACUCGUCAACGAUGCGUCCAUCGACGAGCUUGUGUCGUGGACCGAUGACGCCGGCCGUUCCUUCACUGUGCACAAGCCGAGCGAAUUCGGGCGCGACAUCCUCCCCAAGUUUUUCAAGCACAACAACUUCUCCUCCUUUGUGCGCCAGCUCAACCAGUACGGCUUCCACAAGCAAGACCCGGACCGCUGGAUGUUUGGUCACGAAAAGUUUCGCUGCGGAAGGCCAGACCUCCUUCGUGACAUCACGCGGCGAAGACCAAAGUCCCAGGCGGCGAGCCAGGCUAGCCAGGCUGUCGUCGCCCCGGGGACGCUCGCGCAUAAAGCCGUCGUUGAGCUUGGCAACUACGGUAUUGAGGGAGAGGUAAAAGCACUAAAGAGGGAUAAGGAUCUGCUUAUUAGGGAGCUUGUUGUUACGCGACAGGCGGAGGAGAAGCUCAAGAACAAAUGCGACAACCUCGAAAACAGGAUGGAAGACUUGGAAAGCAACUCAAAGCAAAUGCAGGCCUUCAUCAUGCACUACUUUUCUCAGGUGCUCCAGCCAUAUUCGGAAGCCAUGGCGUCUCGGAAAAGAAAACGCAUUAUGUCAUCUUCCGAAGCGGAAAUGACCGACGUUGUCACUGAAGCCAACAGUCCACCGCGUUCCACUUCCCAGCCUGUCUCACAUGCCCCACAGCCGCCACCCGGAAUGGAUGCUCUGCGAGCCAUGAUGCAGCAAAUGCAGAUGAACAUGUCCCGAUCUCCUUCGACCCCACGCGUACGAAGUUCACAGCCAGGGCCCUCGCCGUCGUUGCUGAAAAGCUCGGAGGAGCCUUCCUCCCCUGCAAAGCUCGCUUUCGCUCCAGCAACCGUCCAAGAACUACACGAAGAACUGCCUCCGAUUUCGCCUGCUGCAAAUCCGGCUGUUCACAAUCUGCUCUCUCCAUACUCGUCUGCACGAAUUAAGGGCGGCAUAUCGGUACGUGAACCUGGAGACUCUUCGAUGUCCAUUCACGAUGAGGCCCUGGGGUUAUUGGAAGAAUUGCCUUCCACCCCAAAUUCAAGUUUGACGAUGGACGCCAUCGAGUCUGCGCUUAACAAUAGCGCCGACAAACCGAACGGACAUUUGGACACGCCGGACUUUUGUGGCAAGGGUUUUGACGACGUGAAUGGCGAAGUAUCCGCAGCAACUAACGUCAACACUGGCUGCGACCGUGACGAAAAGGCCAUCGAGGACUUCCUUGACUUGGAUUCAGAUGGCGCUCCAUUGCCACCUCCACUUUCUCAUUUGCCGGAGGGGACUGAUAUACACGCACUGGCGGAACGAAUCGAAGGCUUUCAAGAGCGCACACAGAAUCUCUAAGUCUAUAUGUACAUAAAGGGACGAAUAUGUACAUACUAUUUGUCGCCCACUAGUUUCGUUGCAGAGACGACGAUACCAAGAUAUCAGUACCUCGAAUCCAUGCACGAUGAUUGCCUGGUCUUCGCAAGAGUCAUUGACCCAUGCACCCAGUUAUGAAACCGUGCCAUUCGAUUAGAAGCGUCGGUUGCCGCAACUUUUUCCUGAGUGCAUCAUGACGCGCGAGAGAUACUGAAGGGAUGGGCACUGGAAAGACUCGCUCGAUCACCAUAGACGGAAUGGUUAUCUAACGGAAAGGCUAACUUCGCCCCGUUCCUGAGGUCAACGCAGACGGAUCCCGCAAGCAGACAAUUUGAAUCCUGGUUCAUGACGUGAAAAGUGAAUUUCACUAAUUCCUAACUACGAAUUUUGCCAGAGAUUGUACUGUAUUUUACACGGAAGGUCCAGCGCAGAUCGCGAGCAGCGUUGCGGAAAGAGUUUACCUUCGAGAGGUAAUUCACAUCCUUGGUCAAGUACAACUCGCAGAUCUUCCACGCCUCAAUUGUCAUCCACUCUUCAAAACUGCCCCAGAUUUGCAACGAACACUCCAGAGGAAGCCUUUGGAGUCAUCGUGUAUAUCUGUUGCAAUGAGCGACAAACAAGUUGCCCCAACGCCCGUAUUUUCAAGCUUCUUUAACAAUAUUCCCAUCGGAGCUGAUGAAGAGGAAUUCAAAAUACUCGCAGAGAGUAACGGUCUAGUCAUCGAACGCAUCGUUUCCCAUGGACAUACUUCUUCAGAAUGGUAUGAUCAAGAAGAAACUGAAUUUUGCUCCGUGUUGAAAGGAGCGGCCGACUUACUCUUCAAGGACUCGCUGGCAGUUAGAAUGAAUAUAGGGGACUGGGUAAUCAUUCCACCUCACGCCAAACAUAAAGUCACAUGGACUAUCGAAUCUGAGCCGACCAUAUGGGUUGCUGUGAAAUGGAAAAAAUAAAUGUUUGAUAUCUUCAAGAUAUCGAGUCUAGGAUUA